AUGGUCGGCAGCCCGGGCAAAACCGCCCAGCUGGGCUACCGAGCCACGUCUGAUUGGGUUGUUGCCCAGCUUCUUUGUUGUCACCACCCCACUCAACUUCACUGGCUGCCGUUGCGUGGUAGCAAUGGAAACCUGAUUACCACCAUAGCUUACCUGGGUAAUCUGCAGGGGAUUGAGAGCAUGAUCAGUGGUGACAUGACGUUGCUAGCUGUAUUGCUGCCUUGACUAGGUCGUUACGAAGGAAGCUCCAGUAGCUCGAAUGCUCCCUCAGCCAGUGUCUCGCCGUUUGGUCUUAUCUCUUGGAUAUGAAUCGCCAAGUGCUUGCUAUUUCCCAUGCUGUUUUUCCCUGUCAUAUUUGUGAUUUGCACUUCGUACUGGGAACCAUGGCCAUGAUACCAGCGUACAGCUCAACAAUGCCACCGCCCUAUACUUAGUUCAUGCUUGGAUCUUCUCGAUCUUGCAGAAUAUCGGCUGGCUCACUUUCAGUGGAUGAGCUAUCUUUCAGGGCUUGGUUCGAGAAAUCUAUUUUAUCUGGAUUCCCCUUUCCAAUUACCGCUAGCCUGGUUCGAUGAACUUUUCCGUGGCUGGUUGAGGGUUGUUCGUUUCCUAGUGGGGUGCCACUCCUGUCUAGUCAAUUAUUGACGCAUCGGCGAGACGACCGCCUCGAAAUGCAGCAACUCCGUUUACAUUCGUCCUAAUGAUUUUGGCAUGCUCCACUGUCUUGCACUUCUUCCUUCUUUCUUUUAGAUAUUCAGUCAUAUCACUCUUCUACUCUUUUCCCCCCGAUCUCUUUUAUUUCAUCUUGUCCGAGUCGAUGAUGAGGCAAUGGAGUCGGUAACUUCCUCCAUUUAAUGGCUUGCUGCGAAACGU